UAAGAAGUCAAGGUCGGAGAAAACAGCAAUCGUUUACGUUUAAACGUUAACGUUAUGUACCUUAAUUGAACCGGUAAACAAAACGUAGCUAAGAUUUUGUGAACUUUAUUAUCUAAAACCCGGAUUUCUUCUACAAAUCGGACUUGUAUUUCUUUUGGACAGCAAACGUGAAUUAAAAAGUUUCAGGAUUUAAUCUUUUUUUUUUUACGUCAAAUAUAAAAGAAGAAAAUAACUGGAAAAGAUGUUCAUUAUAUUAAAUAGAUACGUCUGAACUAAUGAUGGUGUUGCAGUGUACAGCAUCAAGUAUUAACAACAAUUAUUGCGAAAUGUACAAAAUAAAUACUAGUAAAUAAAUUCAGAUAAUGCAUGGAAAGGACGAAGUUUUAAUUAUGCAGGCAAGUCAGUGUUCCACGAUUAAUAAAAAUAAUUUAACAUUAGAAGAAAGUUUUCUGUGUUACAAUGAAACGUCUACGAAGGGCUCUAGCAGGGACAGCAGAGGAACAAGUGGUUAUGGAAGAUUAUCAUGUGGUUAUUGUGACGCCACGUGCGUGUAUAAUGCCGUUGAGAUCGGAUUUAUAAUAGGCGUUGUUGCCAAUGCUUUAGUCAUAGCGAGAGUGGUUAGAGACAAAAAACUUAGAGAUCCUACGUUUAUUGGAAUAGCGGCACUAGCGUUACCAGAUUUACUAUUUUUGUUGCUACAUCUGACAGAAUCCUUUGAAACAGUAAUUGUCACCUUUACCUGUCAACAACCAGUCAUUAUUAGUCGGCCAUGGUACAUUAUGAAUUCCAUGAUUUGGUUCUCGGCAAACUCGCAUGUUGCAUUUCUAGCUGUUUUGCGCUACUUGUCAAUUUUGUAUCCAAUCAAAGCAGCGAUAUAUUUGACACCUGUAAAAGUGAUGCUUAUGUCCGCGGGAGUGUGGGUUCUAGCGAUAUUACUGAUGGGGAUAUUGGCGGGGCUAAUCACGUUAAAGAUUGUUGUGCCUGGACCGACAAGUGAAUUUAUAAUUAUCUGGUGGAUAACGGUAUACCUGAUACCACUGAUUGUGACUACUAUCUUGCAUACCCUGAAAAUAUGUCGCGUGAAAAAGGCAACGAUGACGUCUGCAACUACCUAUACCAAACGUUCAAUCAGACGAAUGUCUAAGAUCGUGCCAUUGGUAAUUAUCAUGGCUACAGUUUUACCAUUACCAAAACUUGCUUACAACACCAUCAGGGCAGCUGGAAACAAUGGUAACGACAUAUUUCCAUCGAAGACUUUUAAAAAGCAUUUUAAAGGCAUUUCUGACUUGGUGUAUCUUGUUAACCACUGUAUAAAUCCGUUUAUAUAUGCAUUUUUAUCUAAGAAAUUUAGAAAAAGUCUCAAAGAGAUGUUUUCAUGCUUUAAAUCUAAAUGGAAAGAAAGAAAUACCAAAGCGAAACCUCAGACUUCAAGAAAUCGACUUUCCAGCUCAGAGACAAUUUCUCGUAACGUCAGCAGCAUAAGUAGCUUAGAAAGUAUAGAACAUCAUACAACAUGUCAUCGUGUUUGCAGUUUUGAAAGUGAAACUGGUGAAAGAAAGACAAGCAGUGUAAGCAGUCAAGAGAGCGUGGAUACAUCUCGAAAUUUUCAGCGAUUUUAGCAAAGCUUUCCGUAAACUUCAAGUUUUUUUCCAUAUAUUAUGGAAUAAGAUGUGUAAUAUUUAAUGUAAUUUGCAUUUUUUUAUGUUUUAUUUUCUUUAUGAAUUUGAAACUGCUACUGAAAUUUGAAUUCUAUGGGGAAUAAUCUUAAGGUCACUGAAUAAAUUUUAGAUAUACCAGUAAGUCCAUUAUAAAUGAUCGAAUGCAUUCACAGUAUUUAUCGUUAUACUCCAAUGGUUUGAUAAUAGCUUAAUUAAAUAGAGGAUAAUUGUUGGUUUCGGUGUAAUAUCACGUUAUAAUUUCACCGAGUGGGCACCAGAAGUGAUAUUUUCACGAGUGGCGCAGCCACGAGUGAAAAUAACAAUUUUUGGUGUUCACGAGUGAAAUUACCGUGAUAUUACAUCGAUACCAACAAUUUUUCUGUUUAUUUUAUGUCUAAAACUCUACUUUUGUUGUGUUUAUUUCAAUAAAAUGUCGAAAUUUGCGGGAAAUUUUAUCAGGAAGCAUCGCAAAGAUGACGUCAUUUUAACGACGUCAUCGUCAUAUUGUUUCCGGCUUUCAGUACGCUUGGUAAACUUUUUGACAUUAAUCCGGGUAUCAGAUUUGAUAAUUUUCACUGAGUGGCCAGUGAGUUUAUCAGGAUAUAACUCACCGUUAUAUUUCGAUAAACCACCGAAAAACAUAAAAUAAUGAGUCUUACAAAAUAAAAAUAAAAAAAUGCAUGCAAGGAUAAUUCUUUCCAGAGCGCGAAUUGCACACCAGAUUAGUUGUAUGUAGCACAACUAUGUAAGAAUUCAAACAUUUUUUUUCUGCUAUUAAAUUUAUUAUUUUUGGUAAACAGUAUCAGGUAUACAUACUUUAGCAUUUCUGUUAUCAGACCAGCUGAGAUUUCAAAAUCAUCCUAUUAGAACUUACUUUUAAAGUGAAAUUUGGAGAUAUUUGAAGUACAAAGUGCUAAAUAUACUUUAAAGAUGUUGCAAACAUUCAGAAAACAUUUUUUUUAUUGGAACAUAUUGGUCUUUGUUUUUAGAGAGAUUUCUGUUUGAGAUUUUCUAUACGUAUUAUUUACAGAGUCAAAAAUGUGUUUUAUCAUAAGAAGUAACAUGAUGUAUGAGAAUGUAACGUUAUAUGCAAAAAGAAAAAUAAUGAAAUAGCAAUAAUAUUCCCAUUAAAAUGUAGUUCUGCAAAAUUUUUGUUAUAAACGUGACGGUGUGAUUUUAAAAUCUUUCUGAAAAUUCUUCUGAAAGUAAUAUUGUAACUAUUUUAAUUUGAAAGUAAAUUAAAGGCAUAAUGAAUACUGUUUCUGUAGAUGUCCUAACAGUUAGUUUUCACUGCAUGGUUUCGAGUUUUUAAGUAAAUAUGGACGCAUGCAAAACGUCUACAUUUAUUAUUCUGAAACUUCUAUUCUGAAACAAUAAUGUAUACAAAACGUUUUUUUUAUUACCUUUAUUCUAAAACAAUUUCUUAUACAUCUAUUUUAAAUCAAAAGUUACUCAUUAAAACGGUUGUAAGAUGUUGUUGCUACGUAUCAUCGUAAUUAAAAAUGAUAUACAGCACAACUUUGUUCAUUACGAUGAGGUCAUAUCCUAGAGGAGUAAUUUCACAAGGGCGUAGCCCGAGUGAAUUAUACACGCGGUAUAUAACCGAUUCGUAUAGUUGAGAUAUGUUAAAAUGGUAUUUCUGUACAUUGUUUUGAUUGUAUUAUGUCUUUUUUGUCAAAAAAAGUACAUGAAACCGAGGGAAACAUUAUUUCAUACCGCGUGUAUUACGUCAAAAUAUAGGAGACCGACGUGACGUCGACGCGAAACUGUGUUUUAACAGUCGCGAAAUAAUACGUCGACGUGACGGCAGAUUUCCGUAUUUUAUACAUUAAUUUUUCACAUUAGAAUAGCAGUAAUAAAACGGUUUUAAGGUGGUAUAUUCAUAUAUUAUCAAAGCAACGGUUAUGGAACGGGUCUAAAGUGAUGUUAUCAUGCAUUAUCGUAACAGCGGUUACAGAAUGGUUUGGCAAAACACAAUAUAUUUCUAUACAUGGCCAUAUAUAUAUUCAAUGAAAACAAAAUAAGUUUUUUUUUAUCUUUUAUGUUUUCGCCACUGACCGUUCGGAAGCUUUUUAUGCAUGUUUGGUGUGUUGUGUCCUCGAUGAAUAUUUUUUAUUUUAGUGGAACGUGUUGUUACGGAAUACCGUACGUUCUUCCGUACGUUCUUCGUUUAACUGGGACCAUAAGUUUUAUUGUUUGUUGGGACUUUUUGAUAAGUAUUAUGAUAGUUAUUACUCAAAAUCAGUACACUACUUCUGAAAUAAAUGUCAAAAUAUUACACUGACACUUGGAUUGAAAAUGGUCUAAAAAUUAACUUAAAAAGUAUUAAAACUUUGAGGAUUGAUAGUCUUUUGCGUAGACUAGCUCCUAGACUAUGAUAUAUCUUUUUUACAUUUUUAUGAUUAAAUGUAGUGAACUGAGCCAGUUUAUAUCCUAUGUCCAAUUUCAACAUCAUUUCUCUGUGAAAAUCUCUAAAAAAAGACUGGCCUUUGUCUCUAUGAAAGUGAAUUCGUCAAAAAAGGGAAACAUGUAGAAAUAUAUUUAUUAUCAGUCUAGCGGCUAGUCUAUCUUUUGCGGUGAGCCGCCUUAAUUUUUUUAAGAUAAAGAUCUAAACGACUUUUGAAUUCUUUCAAAAUCAUUUUAUGAUUUGUUUACAAACUUCAACUCAUUGUCAUUGCCCAGGGUCACUUGAUAAUCUUGUUUUUUUAAUUUAAAGGCCCAUGUUUGCGCAUGCGUACGUGAUAUCGCGUGUUAAUUAAAGGACAAGGACGUUCCGUCAUUAUGAUUCGACUUGUAGAUCUUUAUAAAAUGAGCGUUAGAUAAUCACCGUCGGGUCCGCAAUUAAAAGGACAUGUCUGUUUUACCAAAGGAGUUAUUUGAAUGAUGGCCAUAAUCUAUAGUAAAUUAAGUGCGUGUUUUCUUUAUGAGAAGAUAUACAAUUUAUUGACCGCCCCAUCACAUUUUGAUUGGUCUCAACAAACUGCUCUUGCUGUUUACAUAUUUUAACGUACUUGUACGCAUGUUUAUUGUGUUUACUGUAUAUUCUUGUAUCUGCUUAGAAUUCCAAUGAGCAUAAUUUUGCUUUUAUAACCGUAAUAAAACGUCAUUAUUA